AUGAUGACGGACGCCGGGAUCAGCGGCCGCCGCCUGACGCGGCUCCGAACGCUCGGCCGCGGCGCGUCGGGCGCCGUCGUGUCGCUCUUCGCGGCGGGCGAGGGCGAGCUCGUGGCCGUCAAGUCGGCGCCGGGCGGCGCGACGGCGGCGGCGGCGCAGCUGCGGCGCGAGGGCGGGAUCAUGGCCUCGCUCCGCUCGCCGCACGUGCUCCCCUGCCUGGGCUUCCGCGCCGCCGCGGGAGGGAAGGAGGAGUUCCAGCUGCUCCUCGAGUUCGCGCCCGGCGGCUCGCUGGCCGACGCGGUGGCCCGGAACGGGGGCCGCCUGGAGGAGCCCGCCGUGCGGACGUACGCGGCGGACGUGGCCCGCGGGAUCGCGUACCUCCACGGGGAGGAGGCGGCCGUGGUGCACGGCGACGUCAAGGCGAGGAACGUGGUGAUCGGGGCCGACGGCCGCGCCAUGCUCGCGGACUUUGGGUGCGCGAGGAGAGCGGACUCCAGCAGGGGCCCCAUCGGCGGCACUCCGGCGUUCAUGGCGCCCGAGGUGGCGCGCGGGGAGGACCAGGGCCCCGCCGCCGACGUCUGGGCGCUGGGAUGCACCGUCAUCGAGAUGGCCACCGGGCGCGCCCCGUGGACGCACGUGGACGACGUGCUCGCCGCGGUGCGCCUCAUCGGGUACACGGACGCCGUGCCGGAGGCGCCGGAGUGGCUCUCGGCGGAGGCCAAGGAUUUCCUGGACAAGUGCCUGAGGCGAGAGGCCAGCGAGCGGUGGACGGCGGCGCAGCUACUGGAGCACCCGUUCUUGGCGUCCGCCGGCAAAGCAGAGGAUGCAAAGCCCAAGUGGGUGUCUCCCAAGAGCAUGCUGGAUGCCGCAUUUUGGGAGUCAGACGAGGAGGAAGAUGAGGAGGAGGAGGUUGAGGAGAUGCCAGAGAGCGCAGCCGACAGGAUCAGGGCACUGGCAGGCCCCUGCUCGGCCUUGCCGGACUGGGAAUCCGACGACGGUUGGAUCGAAGUGUGCAGCGGUUACUCAGAACUUUCUGACGCCGCCGCCGCCGCUGGCCAAGAAGUGAAAUUUCCAACCACGCAAUGUGAAAUUCCCAGCACGGCGGUGGCGACAUCAUCGGAGCAGGUGCACCGUGAGGCACCCGUGGCUGCGCCGGCAGCGGAGACGACGAGCUAUGAAUUUUUCUGGGGAGACGAAUCUGAAGCUGAACUGGAGGCUGAGCUUUUUGACGCUGACUUGGAUGUUGGCAAUGAUCCUGUGCACAAUGUAGGAGCUGCGGAUGAUGCUUAUGCGCAUCAGCAGCAGCUAGAUGUUUAUGCGAAUUUCACCAGUGACCCGAUUGUACUCCAUCUUGAUAUUUCUGCUGAAGAAAUAUUCCUCCAAGGGUCGUUCCUUGGUCCUCAAGGGAGUCUGGAGGCAGUGAGGAGUGGUGGCCGUGGCCUUGCUGCAUCUAGAGACCUGUCCAGGUGUACAGCGUCCCAAAGGGACCAGACCAGACAAAAGGCACAAAGUGCAGAGCCACCAAACGGGCUGCAGAUUCGCAACCGCAUUGCACAUUUGCACAGGUAG